GCUGCCUCAAGCAAGAUAGUAACACACUAUCAAUAAUCAAUGCUGCUGAGAACAUCUUAUUUUAAGAUCAACACAGCCACAGGUGCACAGAUGGACACAAGUACAUCCAACACAGCGUGUGCACUGCAGUAAGAAUUAGAUCCAGAAACUAUAAAUGAACGCCGUGCUGUUAUACUGUGAACUGAUUCUCUGUCAGUGAUCAGUCAGGUUGGUGAGUUCAGUCUCACAAUCCUUUGUUUUAUAGCUUCAUGUCCACCUUGUUUUUAUAAAGAGCAAAAAGAGAAAUCAGAAAUAAAAAAAAUCAAAAGCACCAUCUUACAUGUACAUAAUAAAGUCAGAUUAACGAUAGUGUGUUUAUUCCUCAUACUGUUCAGAGUUACAGUUAGUUAAUUGUUCCUGGAUGAUGAGGUUAGACUGCUGCUGUAGGCGUCCCCUGGCUCGAACACUUUAAAAGAAGCAGAAGCAGCGUUUCAGCCCAGUCUGACUGAGGGAGGACUCAGACUCACUGCAGCAGGUGAAUGUCACAACAUGUCAACAACUAAUUGUGUCAUUUCUAAACUAAACUGUAUAUUGACUUUGGUGAACGAGGGGCUGGACUGGAGGUUUGGUGACAUAAUAGUGAUCUCUUUUUAUGUGAAGACAAUCACGAUGAACUCUACACAGGUUGUAUAUUUCACUCUGAGUGCCUACUUUGACACUGGUCUUUUGAAAUAUCUCUAUUUCACGAUUAUUUUGUCUUUAUAUAUUGUAAUUGUUUGUUCCAACCUUCUGCUCAUCGUGGUUAUCUGUAUGAACAGGAGCUUACAUGAACCUAUGUACAUGUUCCUGUGCAGUCUGUUUGUAAAUGAACUGUAUGGUAGUUCAGGGUUGUUUCCGUUCCUUCUGACUCAGAUUCUCUCUGACAUUCACACUGUUUCUGCUUCUCUUUGUUUCCUGCAGAUUUUCUGUUUGUAUUCUUAUGGAAGUGUAGAAUUUUUUAACUUGGCCGUCAUGUCUUAUGACAGAUAUCUUGCUAUCUGCUGUCCUCUGCAGUAUCACACACGUAUGACAUGUAGCAAGAUUAAGAUACUUAUUUCUGUAGUUUGGUUAUAUGCCUCUGUUAUCUGUGUUCUUCCACUGUCUCUGAGUAUCCCUUUACAGCUGCGUGGGAACAUCAUUAACAAAGUGUACUGUAACAACUACUCCAUUGUCAAACAGGCCUGCUCUAACACAACAGUCAAUAACAUUUAUGGAAUCAUUGCCACUACUCUCACAAUCAUAUGUCCUAUUACUCUGAUAUUUUACACAUAUAUAAAGAUCCUUAUAGUUUGUUUCUCUGGUUCUAAACAGACGAGACAGAAAGCCGUCAGUACCUGCACACCUCAUCUUGCUUCUCUGCUCAACUUCUCUUUUGGGGUUUGUUUUGAAAUAUUUCAGAACAGAUUUGAAAUGAGCACUGUGCCUAAUAUGAUUCGAAUCUUGCUAUCAUUAUAUUUUCUCACAUGCCAGCCCCUUCUCAACCCUGUAAUGUAUGGCCUGAAAAUGCCAAAUAUCCGUAACAUAUGUAAAAAUCUCAUUUCUGCUGGUUGUUAUCAUAGAGAUUUACUGAUUUGAUUUAAGCUGGCUCUGAACACUAACCGUGCAUUAUGUCAUACAUUUGAAAAUUAUGGAAAAGGACUUAUGAUUAAAUGAGUAUGUGUAUGAUUAAAACCAAACAUUUAAGUUUAUCAUAGUAAUAAUGGUCAAUUAUUUUGAAAACAACUGGUUUCAUGUUUUGUCUGAUGAAGCAAUGACUUGUGCAUAUUUAAUGGGGGGAAAACAAAAUCCAAUGUAUAAUUGUAUAGCAGCAGG